AUGAGCAACACCGUCAGCCAUGUUUUCCGGCUAGCCGCCGCCGACACUGCUGGUACCGUCGAGAUCCUGGGCACCUUUGGUGCUGACACUGAGAAGCACUGGUCGCCGAUCGCCAUGACCAAGGCCGAUGACGGCAAGUACGAGGUCACGGUUUCCGACCUGGAGCCAGGAACCGCCUACAUCUACAAGUACAAGGUCGAUGGCGAGUGGGUGCUGGACGAUGCCGCCGACAAGUCUACCGAUGCCGCAGGCAUUGUCAACAACUCAUUUACGGCCCCGGCAGCUGAUGUCCACGUGGACAGCGAGGUUACCGAGCCCGUCAAAGAGUCUGAAGAGCAGACGGCUGCUGCUGUCGAUGCGGCUGCUGCUGACGCAGUACCUGCUCAAGAUGCUGCAGCGGCACCUGCGGAUACAGGUGUCGAGGCUGCUGGAGCUGUUGCUGACGAGCCGGCCGGUGCUGCUGAUGAGGCUCCGGCUGUCGAGGAACCCGCUGCUGCGGUCGCUGACGAGCAGGCUGCUGGCGCUGGUGAGGAACCAGCUGAGAAGACGACUGAUGCUUCUGCUGAGGAGUCGCCUGCUCCUGCUGCUGAAGCAGAAGCUGCUGUCGUAGAGCCUCCUGCCGCCACUGAGGAGGUCAAGGUCGAGGAGCCUGUUGUUGAGGAGAAGAUCGAAGAGUCCGUCGCUGCCGUCGAGGAGACCAAGACUGAGGAGGACCUUGUCGCUGCCGCUGAAGAGACCAAGACUGAGGAGCCUGCUGUCGCCGCUGAGGAGCCCGCUGUCGCUGCUGCUGAGGAGGCUGCUACUGCUCCGGCUGUUGAGGAGGUGAAGACCGAGGAGCCUGCUGCUGAGGUCGCCACUGAAGAGGACGCUGCCUCUGUCGAGGAAACCAAGGCGGAGGAGCCGGCUAUCGCUGAGCCUGUCGAGGAGCCUGCUGCUGCCCCGGUCGAGGAGACAAACCCUGGUGCUGAGGAAACCAAGGCCGAGGAGCCUGCUGCCGCUGAGGAGGCUGCUACCGCUCCGGCUGAGGAGACUGCUCCGGCCGCUGAAGAGGCCAAGGCCGAGGAGCCAGCUGUCGCUGAGCCUACUGAGGAGGUCGAGGAACUUCCUGUUGUUGCCGAGGAGCCUGUUGUCACUGCUACUGAGGAGCCUGUUACUGCCCCAGUUGAAGAGACUGCCACUGCUCCGGUUGAGGAGACUUCUCCGGUCGUUGAGGAGACCAAGCCUGAGGAGCCUGCUGCUGAGGUCGCUGCUGAGGAGGACGCGGCCCCUGUCGAGGAGGCCAUCCCUACUGCUCAGGAGACCAAGACUGAAGAGCCCGCUGCCGAGGAUAUCAAGCCUGAGGAGGCUGCUGUUGCUGAGGAGGCUGCUAUUGCUCCGGUCGUUGAGGAGCCGGCUGUCGCUGCUGCUGAGGAGGCUGCUACUGCUCCGGUCGUUGAGGAGACUCCGGUCGUUGAGGAGACCAAGCCUGAGGAACCUGCUGCUGAGGUCGCUGCUGAGGAGGACGCGGCCCCUGUCGAAGAGGCCCCUGUCGAAGAGGCCCCUGUCGAAGAGGCCACUCCUGCUGCCGAGGAGGCCAAGCCUGAGGAGACUGCUACUGCUUCGGUCGAGGAGACUGUUCCGGUCGUUGAGGAAACCAAGGUCGAGGAGCCUGCUGUCGCUGAGCCUGCCGAGGAGGGAGUUAAGGCUGAGGAGCCCGCUGUCGCUGCUGUUGAGGAGCCCACCGCUGAGGUCGUCGUUGAGGAGGCUGUUGCCACCCCGGUCGAGGAGCCUAUCCCUGCUGCCGAGGAGACCAAGACCGAGGAGUCUGCUGUUGUUGAGGAGGCUGUUACCGCUCCGGCUGAGGAGACUGUCCCGGCGGUUGAGGAGACCAAGGUCGAGGAGCCGGCUGUCGCUGAGCCUGCUGAGGAGGAAGUUAAGACUGAGGAGACUGUUCCAGUCGUUGAGGAGACUGCUCCAGUCGUUGAGGAGACUGCUCCAGUCGUUGAGGAGGCUAAAACCGAAGAGCCUGCUGCUGAGGUCGCCGCUGAGGAGACCACCACCGAGGAGCCCAAGGCCGAUGAGGCUGUUGUUAUUGAGGAGCCAAAGGUUGAGGCUGAUGCUACCGCUGAGGAGACUGCUGCCGCUGAGCCUGCUGUCGCUGAGGCUGAGGAGCCCAAGGCUGAGGAGACUCCUGCCGCUGUUGAGGAGGCCGCCACACCGGUCCCCGAAGAAGAGAACGCCACGCCUGUCGAGGAGACCGAUCCCAAGGAGUCGCGGCCAGAGACCGUUGCCGAGGCUGCGGAGGCGUCCGAGCCUGUCAAGCCUACUGCCGAGACGGCCGAGGCUGCGGCUGGCUCCAGCAGCGAUCACAAGAAGAAGAACCGCGGCUUCUUUGGCUUCUUCAAGCGCAUGUUCCAAUGA